GAAGUGUAAUGGUAUUUGCCAUUGCAAAGUAUUUAUCGAAGAGGUUGCUCGAACAUCUAUCUACAUGUUACUAGCACAGCCGGAACUUCCGGUAAUUUCUCCCCCCCGAAAAUGUAAACUUCCUGGGAGUGCCUACUUUCGUGCUUCUUGACCGAAACUGCAAGAAGCAUGAUCGUCUCCCCAUGGAAGUCAUUACCUGUGAUAUGUUACUUAAUUAUAGUGACUUCAAGUCAUGCCGCCAACAUCUACGAUCAGCUCAAAUAUUUUGAAACUUUAAAGGUUACCGAUCUGAGUCAUUCCAUAACAAAGCGAGGCACGCAGCCAAGCAAGCAUAAAUUCAACACAAUCAAAGAAGUAAGCUUCAGAGCCCAUGGCAGGGAUUUUCGGCUCAUCCUGAACCCGACCAAAGGCUUGUUGUCAGCCCACUUUAAAGCAUACACAGUGGAUGGUUCUGGCAACAAGAGACCUGUAUGGGUCGACCAAAAUCAGUUCUUUGAAGGCCGAGUGUUUGGGGAACUUGUCUCUAAUGUGAGCGCGCACAUUGAUGAAGGCGUUAUGACAGCGUCAAUACGUCUCAAGGACGACAUAUAUGUUGUUGAACCGUCGUGGAGGCAUAUACCCAAUGACCACAAUGACACAAUGAUUGUGUACCGAGCAUCUGAUGUCAAGUACUCCUGGGAUCCAACACAGGGAGCCCAGUCUUUAACCAAGUACUGUGGCUAUGUCAAGGAGAAUGGAAAUGCCACGGAGGUUACCGGCGACCUGUCUGAGAACUUGAGCCACUGGAAUGAUGGAAGCAGCAUCACGUCUCAUGUCCAAAAGCGACAGGCUAUGGAACCCUACCACUGGGAACCUGUGCAGACUCGCUGUUCUCUUCUCCUGGUGGCUGACCACCGUUUCUAUGAAAACAUGGGGGGCCGUAACCUCAAGAGCACCAUUAAUUUCUUGAUAACCCUGAUCGAUCGAGUCAACAAGAUCUUUCUUGACACUGAAUGGCGAGACAGCGACCGCCAUCCUGGCUUUCGUGGAAUGGGCUUUGUCAUUCAAGAAGUGAUGGUACACACUGAACCGACGCCUGUGCUUCGUAACGAAGUCCAUUACAACAUGGCGGGUGUGACUUGGAAUGUUCGAGACCUCCUGGAGGUCUUCUCUCGCAGCCUGAACCACCGCUGGUUCUGCCUGGCGCACUUGUUUACCGAUCAGAAGUUUGAAGGGGGCAUCCUGGGCCUUGCUUACGUGGGCUCCCCUCGCCGCAAUUCCGUGGGCGGCAUUUGCAGCCCCGGUUAUGUGAAAAAUGGCUACACAUUAUACCUCAACUCUGGUCUGAGCACGUCACGAAAUCACUACGGACAACGAGUAAUCACAAGAGAAGCCGACCUGGUCACAGCGCACGAAUUUGGUCACAACUGGGGCAGUGAGCAUGACCCAGACCUGCCUGAAUGUUCUCCGGACUCUCAGCGAGGUGGAUCGUAUUUGAUGUACACUUAUUCUGUCAGUGGCUAUGACCCAAACAACAAGAAAUUCUCCCCUUGCAGUGUGCGUUCCAUCAGGGCAGUUUUGCUGGCAAAGGCAAGCAAGUGCUUCUCAAAGCCUGAAGAGUCGUUUUGUGGAAACUCAUUGGUGGAAGAAGGAGAACAGUGUGAUGCUGGCCUCAUUGGUAGUGAGGACAGCGACCCCUGCUGUGAUGAGGAAUGCCGGCUAAAGCCUAACGCAAAGUGCAGUGACAGAAAUUCGCCCUGCUGCCGAAACUGUGACUACUCCCAGAGUGGGGCGCUGUGUCGGGAGGCACAACCCAACGCUUGCAAAAAUGAAGCCUACUGCACUGGCAGAUCAGCAGAGUGCCCUCCAUCACCACCACAGCAGGAUGAUAGCCCAUGCUUGGACAAGGGCAAAUGCAGAGCAGGGGACUGCAUGCCAUACUGCGAGACAAGAGGAGAGGUUUCUUGCAUGUGUGACACAGAGGUGGAUGCGUGCAAGCGGUGCUGUCGACCUUCACACAAUGCUACCUGCAAGCCGACGGAACCAAUGGAAAUAUUGAGGGACGGAACACCAUGCAUACACGGCUACUGUGAAAAGGGAAGAUGUGAAAAGACAGUUCAAGACAUUGUCGAAAGGUUUUGGGACAUUAUUGAGGACAUUGACAUCAACACAGUUUUGAAAUUUCUGAAUGACAACAUUGUGGGCACUGUCAUUGUGGUGUCCAUGAUUGUGUGGGUACCAGGAAGCUGCCUCAUCAGUUAUGUGGAUCAUAAGAGGAGAGCAGAGUAUGAGAAGUCCAAAAAAACUUGCCGGAAACGGGAUAGUCUUCAGCCAUUUCGUCUGCCAUCAGACAGCAGCGUCAAAGUAGUCCAUAUUUCACGCCGGCAGCCACCUCCACAACCAGAGCCGCAGCCACAGCCACAGCCUCAGCCACAACCAAGAACACAGCUGCCUUUGCAGACACCAUCAGAUGAGCAAGUGCUGGCUCCAACACUGCGAUUGCCAAGCCGGGCUGCGGCAAGUUCCGACUAUUGGCCGGCGCCAAGCCCCUAUGCUAGCUCAGAAAGAGGCGGCAUGCAUCCACCGAGGUACGAGGGACGGCUUUACGCGAGGCCGAGCAGCGUUACUGAAGGUGGCAACUACAGCAGGCAUGACCCGUCUGACUACUACCACCACCAUCCCCUGCACACUCAGGGCUACGGGCGACCGAGUGCGGCAUCUGUCUCGUCCGAGCGACCUGGCAGCCGUUCGAGGCAACACAUUGAAAACUACACAGCCCUUUAGCUAGCAGUUGUCAUUGUCAUUCACAUAUGCUUUUCUCAUAAUUUUUGUCUUGGUUUGAUGAAAAUGACUGAAGUGAUGUUACAUGUUUUUGAGAAAAAAAAAAGGGCAAAAUAAUUUAUUUCACUUGGAUGGGAGACUUGGAGCAUUAAGAAAACUCCCUGUCUGAGAAUACAGCCUUGAAUGAAUAAGGGUGAUGCUGAACAUGGCAGAAACACAAACAGCUCAGCUCACCUGAUAUUCAGUCAGUGUUUGUGCUAUCCUGAUUACUUUCAUUGCUUUCCUCUUCCUGUUGUUUCUUGCACAUGAAACUUGGAUAGUAUUCUGUCAUUAUGAAACAACAAAGCUCAAAUACAGGUGACUGACACAUCACGUUUGCACAUGUUGCAUUAUAUGGUGUACUUUCGGAAGAGAAAGCAAUGUAUGUGAACAGUGAGACAACAGAUAGAAGCACAUUCUCACUUGGUUUGCAAAUUUUCUAUUUUGACCAUGAGUGUGAGCGUGACAUUUCAUUUUGUGUAGCGUGGAUGAGGAUGACUUUUGUAGCAGUGCCCUUUCCUUGAGCAUUGCUGCAGUUCCUAAUGUAAAUGGCCUAAGUGACUACCUGUGUCAUUGGUUGUGUACUCUGUGGCUUGUGUGCAUAUCACCUUUAUGCCAUCUUCGUUUCCUGUAACAAGGAUGUAUUUCUUUUAGGGGUGUGCAAAUAUAAAAUUUUUUAGGGAGUAGGGUAUACAAACAGAAAUUGAAGAAAGGAAAAACGGAAGUGAAGAGGAAAGAAAGAACAAUAUGACAGAUCACAAAGACUGAUGUAAAACAACGACAAGGAAAUACGAAAGUACAUAGCAGCAAACAUAAAGAAUUGUGUCUGCUCCCACACUGCCAGCAAUGUAUUCGAUUUGUUUUGAAUAAUAUUCGUAUCGUAUCAAGUUUUCAAAAAAUUUCAAAUACAUGGUUUCUUAAUUGAAUACAAAUAAUAAAACAUAUAUGUAUGACUAGUAUUUAAAAUUUUCAAAUAUUCCCACACCCCUAGUUACUUUAAAUGCCACUUCCACAGAGUCAGAUCACCAAAUAAACCGGCCCAAGUUUCUUUUGUCUUCCUUUUUGUUGGAUACUGGAGGUAUUCCUCUUUGCUCCGAGUGGCACCAAGAAGAUGCAUUUUAACGCAACUGAUAAAACAAUCUUGUCUUUACCUUGUGCCGACACUUAUUCAUGCUUAUAAAACUUGGAGUUGACAAGCAUGGACAGAUACUAUGGAGAGUGUUGGCAAUAUGUACAGACAAACUUCAACCAAGAAAUUGGUCACAUCAGUAAACAGCUGAAAACAGCUUUAUGUUCCGAAACCAACUGUUUCAUUACCGCACUGGGUAAAAGUUUACGAAGACAUUUAGCAUGUUUUGUAAGACAGGGAGCUAUCACUGCAGAGGUGUUGCCUCUCGAAACAUAGAGAUGUAUAACUGCACAGAUCAAUUGUGUGUGCGUUUUUAACUAUGUUGCCAGUAUGUUUUAAAACCAAUCACUUAUUGUCUUUCUCUCCAGAGAAACAGCUGCGUGGCAAAAGCACGAAGAUAUUCAGUGCAAGCCUCCAGUAAAACCUAUCCAUAUUGUUCUAAGCUUGUAUAUUUUAAACGCUGGGAGGUCAGAAAAGUUCACUCCUUGCAUGUGAAAACAGUUCGUGUUGCCCAGUUCUUACAGACUUCUAUUUUUUGCGGCCUUUUGAUUUUCACAUCCCAAAAAGCUAUAAGCAACUUUCAUUGAAGGUAUUGGAACAAAAUAUGUUUGUGUAAAUUUAAGAAAGAAGAUAGAACACUCCUGGCCUCCAUUUUCUGUUUUUAUCAGCAGUGUCAGGAGUGGGGAUGGAAGGACUGGGCAAGUGGUUGCCUUUGCUUCUCUAUCUAAACAGAGCAUUGGUAAAGCAGUGACUGUCAUCCCCCCCUCCUCUAACCACUUAUGAUGCCCCUUCCUUCAAUCCUGCAUUACAUUUCACCCAUCUCGUUUCAUGAUAUUGCUAUCUGUUCCGUCAUGAAAGGUGGCAGCCGUCAUUGGCAAGUCUCUUUGUACGGCAGAAAAAAGCAUAUUCACAGACCUGUAAACGAAAGAGAUUAAAAAAGGGAAAUUUGGUCUGGUUACGUUGAACUGAAUAAGCAACGCGGGAAUUGCAGGUGUUGCACUCUGCCCGCUCUUGUAGCUUACAUUAUGUUACAAGAGCAGACAUGUCAGGACAAACAUGACAAAUUGCCAUGUUUGAUAUUAUGAUGGGAGCCACAAAGCCUUGUAGAUAAGGACGUGCAGUUUUCACAAGCAGCCCUUGGGGUCCCUUUCAUGUGUGGAAUGGUAGCAGUUUUAUGAGGCAGUGGCAUGGUUGUAAAUAACAGACCAGGUUACACUUGUUGCGGGUUAUUUUACAUCUUGUUGGUAAUCGUAACAGUGUUUGAAAUGGAGGGCAAGUCCUGUGUCCCGAAUUAAUCAUUUCAGUUGCAACAAGAGUUUAUUUUAUCGAAAAGUAAAAACAUUUUAGUGUCUGCUCAAUUGCUAUUUUCAUCAGGUAGACAGCAUAGCACUUGAAAGUUAGGGUAUUUCGCAUGAUUUUACAAUGUUUUUUUUACCUUUAUCAUUGGUUUACGUGUUUCCUACCUUGUUCUGUUGUGCCAUUUGCAUGAAAGUGUUGGUGAAUUUUUUUCCCCAGAAAGUAUGUAACACUUUUUCGGAAAUGUGAACCACAUUUCUUACUGCGUUUUACAAGGGGUAUACUUUGGUUGUGAACUUUUACCCUAACGUGCCAUGCUUAGUUUUCUUAGCGUUGUUUGACCAUUGGUUGUUAAGCAUGUUCCUACCAUUUUGUUCCCUUCUAAACUGAUGUUUUGACCUUUUGCGGCUUUGUUUCUUAUGUAUUUGAACAAAAUUGAUUGAAGUGUGUAUGGCAACUUGCCUGGUGCUCACGUUUGAGCUUUUGAGGAGUUGUGAUUUUUAUUGAACUCUGCUACAUUGUGCAUCUUUGUUUAUUGUUGUGCACUGCUCAGUUUUGCUAAGACAGCAGAGCAUCCGUGUCUACAGUGGUUACAUUGAUUUAAUGUUUGAACAUGUGUUUCAAGCCUUGUCACCUUUUUUUAGCAAACAUUACUUUCACAUUCGUCAAAAAACACCGAGGAGGAGUGCUUGUUUUGUGCUCAUUGUUUUGCUCAUGUGUUAGUGUUGGUUAAACUUUGGUGUUGAGCGCUAUCGCUUUUUUUUUUUUUUUCCACUAAAGGCCCUGUGCAACAUCCCACUUUGUGUUUGGAGACAUGUGUGCGUAGUGUCACCCCUUCAUCAAAGUAACCAGUUCAGGCCAAGGAAUGGAUAACCUUCUGAAGAAAGGAAAGAAAGAAAAAGCCUCCCCCAAAAAACAGAGAAGCUUUUCCAAAAAGAGCUUGACGCAAGUGGCAUGUUUAAAAAAUAAAAGUGCAUUUAAAUGUCCGGCUCACCUGAAUUUAAAGGAAACUCCAUGCUCUAUAAUUUACAUGCCUUUAGAAUGUGGUUGAAUGUAUUAAACAGAGAAACUUGCCAUUACCAAAUACAACACUGCCUUGUUCUAAGCAGCUAUGGUAAUAGCUUUUGAGGCACUCUUCUUGCUUUUAGUAGUUACAAACCGAAGUGAUUGCUCCAAUCCAGGCCAACUGUAAAAUAACUUUUUUUUUAUGAAACAACUUUAAUGCAAACAAGCCCAAAAAUCCGUGGUAAGCAAGUGAAUUUUACAAGCAACUCUGCUAAAGCAGCAAGCCCAAGUUCACUUACAACAACCGGAGCUGGUCACCUUGCCGCCAAUUCCAAGUCAGUCAUUAAGCUUCAUGUCGUUCAAUAUGCACCUGCCCCACUUCGUGUUCACUUAUAUUAUUUAUUGACUUGUAGUCACCCUGAAUUAAAGAGUAUGUGUAUUUUGAUUUAAAUUGUUCUAGUCAUGCUAAAAGUUCAAGAAAAUCAUUAUUAUGUCCUGAUGCAAGUGCUCAAAAUUCAAAAUAAAGCCAUUUCCUCCUCCUCC